AAGAAAGCGCACUCACAACACAAACAGAACAAAAGAAAAGAAAAGAAAAGAAAACACUUCAUCAUCAUUUCAAAAACAAAGCAAAAGAGAAAAAGAAAGACAAAAAUAAAAGAAGAAAGAGACUAAAAACAAAGAGAAAAAUUCAAAGAAGAGCAAGAAGAAUUGAACAACAAAGAUGAGUGAACAACAAAGCAACAGUAACAACCAGUUGGUUGUACAGAAUUCAGGGAGUUUAAGCUUUAGCAGUCACUUGUCAAAGGAAGAUGAAGAGAUGUCAAGGUCUGCUCUAUCAACUUUUAGGGCUAAAGAAGAAGAAAUUGAAAAGAAGAAGAUGGAAGUUAGAGACAAGGUUCAGUUUCAGUUGGGUCGUGUUGAAGAAGAAACUAAACGUCUUGCUACCAUUCGUGAGGAAUAUCAGGAGCUUGAAGCCCUUGCAGAUCCAAUGAGGAAAGAAGUUUCACUUGUAAGAAAGAGAAUUGAUUCAGUAAACAAAGAAUUAAAGCCACUUGGUCAUACCUGCCAGAAGAAGGAGAAAGAAUACAAAGAUGCCCUUGAAGCUUUCAAUGAAAAGAAUAGGGAAAAAGUACAGCUAAUUACUAAAUUAAUGGAGCUGGUGGGGGAAAGUGAAAGAUUGAGGAUGAAGAAGCUGGAGGAGCUGAGUAAGAACAUAGAUUCCAUGCAAAUGCAAUGAUUUAGCCAACUGCUGCUAGUGAAUCUGAUUAGUCCUUUGUGUGGUAUAUUAAAGAUCAUGACAUAGUAUAUUUUUAUAUGUAUGGGGUGUCUUGUGGUUGUGUAAUUUUGUGGUGUCGACAAUGUAAUUUGUUUUAACUAGCAUUUGGUUUUAUAUGGGAUAUUUAGCUAAUUUAGGAGGGUUAUACCCUACAAACAGGUUUGUAACUAAAUACCUUGCAUUUUGUUGUCAUUUCUUUACCCUUUUCGGUUCACUUUUUUCUGCUUUAA